UGGCUGAGGAGCCUGAUGAUUUCCUGCGCUCACCACAGCUUCCUGCCACAGAGGGGAGGCGGGCAAAGGGGAGGCGGGCAGGAACGAGGGAUGGAGGUGACCAGCGCGGUCCUCACAGAGCCCCUGGGCCUCCUGCUGCUGCCCCUGGUCGCCAUGCUGCUGACGGUCCUGUGCGUGCGCUGCCGAGAGCUGCGAGCCUCCUACGGCGGUGCCAGCGAGGAUCGCUGCGUCUCUCCUGCCAGGUCACAGACGGAGAGCAGCAUCCUGUUCAAGCCUCAAACGCUGGCCCCCUGGCCACCUUCAGUCCCGGUCCCUUACCCAUCCGCGACCUACCCACCCCCCAGCCAGCCAGACCUGCUGCACAUCCAGCGAUCCCCACAGCCCCCCGGAGGUUCCCAUAGGAUGCCCUCUUCCCGGCAGGACUCGGAUGGCGCCAACAGUGUGGCGAGCUACGAGAACCAAGAGCCACCCUGCGAGGACGCGGAUGAAGACGACGAGGAGGACGACUACCGCAACGAGGGCUACGGCGGCUACGUGGAGGUGCUUCCCGACAGCACCCCGGCCACCGGCGCGGGCGUCCCUUCGGCUCCUGUCCCCAGCAACCCGGGCCUCCGGGACAGCGCCUUCUCCAUGGAGUCCAGAGAGUACGUGAAUGUCUCCGAGAGCGAGGAGAGCACGGAGGCGUCUCUGGAUGGGAGCCUGGAGUAUGUGAACGUGUCCCAGGAGCUGCAUCCGGUGGCCGGGACAGAGCCUGCCUCCCUGAGCUCCCCGGAGGUGGAGGAUGAGGAAGAGGAGGAGGAAGUGCCGGAUUAUGAGAACGUUCAGGAACUUAGCUGAGCGCCUGCCGAGGCCGCGCUGUCCUGGAACCAGCCGGGCUGGGGACGGAGCUGGCAGCUGCAAAAAGCCCCGGGGGCCUCGGUUGGUGCCCCAUCCUAGCUGAAGCCCGGUAGCAGCCCACGAACCCCCUAACUUAUUGUCACUUUGGGGUCCAGUCUGUGUCCCCAAAACUCCGCACCUUCUGACGCAGCCUGAGAGUGAACCUCCCCGGUCCCAGCCUCCUCUUGAGAAUGGAAUAAAGGCCGUUGUGGUCUGCAGA